AUGGCCUAUCAUCUCUACCACUAUGAGCCAUCCCUGGCAGCUGCGGUUAUCUUCAUCAUCCUUUUUACAGCAAGUACUGGUCUACACUUCAUCCAGAUGGCGAAGACGCGCAUGUGGUUCUUCGUCGCAUUCUGCUGUGGAGGAAUAUUCGAAGUCAUCGGUUACAUAGGAAGAACAAUUCCUGGGACACUUGGAGCCUACGUCGUCCAGAGCAUCUUCCUUCUCGUUGCACCAGCCCUAUUCGCUGCAUCGAUCUACAUGGAGCUUGGACGCAUUGUCGAACUCGUUGACGGUGAACGUUACCUCUUCGUUCGGAGACGGUGGCUAACCGGUAUAUUCGUGACCGGUGACGUUCUCUCCUUCUUCAUGCAGGGGGGUGGUGGUGGCUUGAUGGGCUCUGACAAACCUGACAGUAGAGCCACCGGAAGCCAUGUCAUCGUGGGCGGUCUAUUCGUACAGAUUGUCUUCUUCGGCUGCUUUAUCAUCACGGCGGUCUUGUUUCAUAUGCGGCUACACCGUGCCCCGACACAGAGGGUACUCACUCACCAGCCACCGUACCUUCGGCAUCUCCUUGCACUGUACGCCACUAGCCUUCUUAUCUUCGUUCGGUCGAUUGUUCGGGUCGUCGAAUUUAUUCAAGGUCUUGACGGCUAUGUCAUCAGUCAUGAAAUCUUCAUAUACCUCUUCGACGCUGUUCUCAUGUUAGGGGUUAUGUUGAUCAUGAACUGGGUUCACCCGAGCGAAGUCACGACCUAUUUGACUGGAGGGAAGAUGUCUAAGGGACUUCGGCUAGUUGAAUAUUCAACAGCCGCUCAAACUUCGGCUUGA